AUGGGAUCCCUUGCACCUUCAGCACCAUUGACGCGUCUCUGCGCGCGCCGGAUCGCUCAGAUUGCCAACAAUCCCUUAGAACCUCGACUAAAGGAGAAGGCAACACUCGCUAUACUUGACUACCUUUCUUCCGUCUCCGCCGGCCUACAAGCACCAUGGGCCGGCGACGUAGCGAAGUAUGCUUCAGCGCGCGAGUCCGGACCUUGCUUCACCUUCGCCAACAAGAAGAACGUCACGGCUGAAUCUGCUGCGUUCUGUAACGCACUACUUGCUCACAGCGCCAUCCGGGAUGAUAUGCACUUGCCUUCGAACUCACAUAUUGGGAGCAUGGUCAUUUCUGCUGCCCUUGCUAUCGCACAGCGAGACGGCGUGUCGGGUGAAGGUCUUCUGAAGGCGGUUGUAGCUGGGUACGAGAUGUCAGCGCUGCUCGGCACGGCUUUCCAGCAAACACAGGGCUACAACCGACAUAUCCGACCCAGCGGCUCUUGUGGCGCAUUUGGUUCUGCUGCUGCUGCGCUGGUCACGAACUUCGACAAGGUCAACGAGGACGUGGCGACCAACGCGUUGGCUUUUGCCGCGAACAUGGCGAGCGGUUUCAACCAGUGGGCAUGGACAGGUGGUGUUGAGAUCUAUACCGAGAUGGGCACCGCUGCUCAGUCUGGUAUCAUCGCGUACGAUGUGGCCAAGGCGGGGUUGCAAUGCAGCGAAGAUGUUCUGGAGGGCAAGGCUGGCUACUUUGCUGCAUACAGUGUCGGCAGCAAAGCAGAGAAGCUUUUCACCGAAUGGCUAGACAGUGAGAUCGGUAGGGGCAUCAUGGAGGUCACUAUGAAGCCAGUCCCAGGUUGCAAUUAUGCACAAACGCCGAUCGCUGCUGGUAUGAAGGCUUCGAAGCCGUAUCAGGAGAAGAAGCAACAGAAUCCGGAGCUGAAGAUCGAGGAGAUAGUCGUGAGGUCGACCAGUGCGGCUAAGAACUACCCAGGCUGCGAUAACCCUGCGAAGAAGUUUGAGACCGUCCAACAGACAAAGAUGAGCAUUCAGUACGGUGUUAGCGCUAUGCUAUUACGAGUUCGAUCAGGCAUGAAGGCCGAAAGGCGGCAACCCGCGAGAGUCGAGCUGAAGCUUUCGGACGGUAGCACCAUAACGGAAGAGCUUAAUGAUGUGCCGUGGGUCAACGCAAGUGGCAUCAAGGCUCGCUUCCAGACCGAAAUGGAAUCGCUGGCGAAGAACAGCAACCCGGAAGAACUGCUCAAGGUCCUUCAAAAUCUCGAGAAGCAGACCGAUGCUGGUCAACUGAUGGCUCACUUCCAAUGA